UUCUAAUAAUAAUAAUUUUAUUCCAUGGACGAUGGUAAGUAUAGGACAUGUCAAUAAAUAUACAUAAUACAAGCAGACAAUAGAUUUUGAAAAGAUUCCUGCAUGUAUCUAUGAAUUUUUGGAACAUUCUCGCAGCGUCCUAACAAUACGCUUUUGGGCAACAAAAACUUUGUGAGAGGAAGUAGCUGAAUGCGCAAGAAACAGGGCCGGAUCCACUCAUAAUUGGUGUUUGAAUUUGUUGUAAUUUCCUGUUGAAAUAUUUAUCGCUUCUUAUUAUUACGGAAUAAAUGCACCUGUCCUGAAAAUUUCUUCGAAAUUGAUCAAAAUAUACUAUGUGUUCAGGUACCUACUUAUGGUGGGCAGUAUACAAUCUGAGAGUCAAAAAUGUAUAUGAACUAUAUAUAACUGAAGUCUAUUUUGUGUAUUUUAGCCGGUUACUUUAUUCCACACAUAUUCUAACAAGAGUACACCUUAAACGACCUAAUUUUGAGUAUUUCAACACAGCUCUCAAAUAUUCUUCUAAUAAAUGCACUUCUAAACACAAUAAUAAUGUAGGUACAUACCAGAAACUUGUAACAUAGUCGCCGAUCUCAUCAACCAAUCAAAAAUUAGAUAAAGUCGCAGGGUACGAUUACAGUGACGAAACUAUUGUAGGAUACCUGCUGGUCCAAUGAUCCUGUAUAUUAUUAUAUAGUGUGCGUGAAAAAGGAUUACAUGAACAAAUCACAGAAAGUAAAACCCUAACCUCAAAUUUUCAUAGAUUUUCAAACUAUUUUAGGAGUAUGUGAGAGCUACAAGCUGCAUUAAUGGGGGUGGUUAGUGGAUUUAUACUAUCUUCUGUGAUAGUAACUCUAGCAUAUUUAUUUGGAAUUUUAAUUUUCUUAAAAGAUCACGAAGUAAAUCGGUGUGAAAUGACUUACAUGUAUGAGUACCCCCAAUUUGUUCAUAUAAAGCUCGAUACCGACCAUCGUUUUAGAAAGUACGGCCUGUAUGCCUAUAGUGAAGGGAGAUUUACCUACAACGCACGAAACAUGAAGUUUACCGGGAUUCCCAUUUUAUUUAUACCGGGAAAUGCAGGUUCUUACAGACAAGUUCGAUCUCUUGCGUCAGUUUGUCUACGUAAAAGUUUGGAUGAUAGAUCUGGCUUUCACUUUGACUUUUUUGCUGUGAAUCUGAACAAUGAAUUUAGUGGUCUUAAUGGAGCUUUACUGCAGGAACAGACUGAGUAUGUAAACAAGUCGGUUUAUCAAAUAUUAGAACUAUACCCGAAGACUCGGCCAAAAAACAUUGUCCUUUUUGGACAUUCGAUGGGGGGUGUCAUAGCUCGAGGACUAUUAACAGUUCUCGAUAAUAGCAUAGUGCCAUUAAUUAUCACUUUAGCUGCACCCCAUUCUCGACCACCUUUAAUGUUGGAUUCGUACAUGUUGGAUUAUUAUCAUCGCAUAAGAACGGUGAAUAAAGCUGUCAAUAGCACAAUUGUUUCUUUGUCUGGUGGUUAUAAUGAUUACUUGAUUACUCCAUUUAUUACCACUGCAAGGUACUUGGACAGUCUGCAUGUUUUUAGUCCAUCUGUACCACUGGUUUGGCUACCAAUGGAUCAUUUAUGUAUCUUGUGGUGCAAGCAACUUGUCUUAGUGAUUGCGAGAGGGUUAUUUGAUGCAGUAGAUUUUAACACCAAGCAAAUGAGUCACGAUCCCGAGUUUCUGCGAGCAGUAUUUUACCAUCAUUUAGUUAAUAACAACGGUAUAAAGAUUCGCAAAUCAAUCCAGUCCAGUCAUUUAACUCAGUCGGUGAUGUUCGCACGAGGUCGCAGUGAGUGGAUUGAGAAUUUACAAAAACAAUACACAAUUUCGUUAGCGCAUGGAGUACAACAAAUGCAGUAUCACAUGCUUCGCAUUCUCGGAGAUACUGACUAUCGAUACUUGACAAUUGUGGCAUUAAAUGUCGAUGUUGUCGAAUGGGUUUUCGCGUGUUCCGCCACGCAAUUACAAGAACAACGCCGGAUAUGUUCUGAUGGCAUUCAUCUUAGUCAUUUUACUGAAAUUUGGCCGUCGAUUCGCUACCGGAGAAAAUUGUUGAAAUUGGACACGCAAGAACUGAAAAGACACUACACUGAGCUCACUCAUGUAAUUGUGCGUCUACUACCGACUAGCAAACCGGUGUGUAUUAUACCCGUUCUGGUGUGUAUAGAUAGAAAACUAACAGUGAAGACACCAUCUUGGUUUUCUUUCCAACGUCAACUGCUUCUGAAUCAAACGCACGAGAAAAGUUUAUACUACGAGAUUAUCAUGCCACAGUUGACACAUGUUAUACAGGUUUACAAAGUUUAUGUGGAUCUCAUAAAAUGUAGCAGCAAAGUUCAUCAUGCCACAGCAAGUUUAAAAGUGCCAUGGGGAAACCAAAAUACCCACAAGCAUUUUACGGAGGAAGACAUACAUCCAUUUCAGAUACGCUUGCACAAUUCUCGUCCGAUUAAUGGUGUGAAUGAAUCUGCAUCACUUCAGCUGACACUGGAUCCGUUGUGCCAGUAUUCGGUUAGUAUAAGGUACGAUAUAUUGGGAAGUAUGGGUCAAAUAGCGAGAAUCUAUACCCCGCUACUUUUACCUAACAUUGUGGCAGUGCUUUUGUUAACUUUUCGCAAUCAAAUCUUGGGCAUCGAAGCUACUGGUAGGUGCAGUAUGUUUUUCAAGGUGGCGCAGUUUGGAAUUAAACCGUACUAUCUGUUGCCAAUGGUAAAACUCGUCUCGCGAGGACUAAGUUGCAAGAGACUUUCGAAUUCUUGGGUGGCACCCGAUUGGCAUGUAAUUACCGAGGAAGGUAACGACUUUUUGCUGCUACCAUUGAUUUUAUACAUGAGCAGCGUGGGCAUAGUGUGGUCGGCCGCUUUAGUAUUAUCGAUAUCGUUGAUUUUUUAUGAGGCCACCUUUCAUAAAUUAGCCUGCAAAAUUUUAGCUCGCACCAUGAUGGGAUCUGAAAAAUUAUCAGGCUGGGUCCUCAGCGUCUUGCAUAAGCUGCCGGGGAUCGUAGCAAUAAUGUUAGUAUUAUUAAGUAUUACGACUUGCGGAGGUUUAAGCUUAUGCAUCGGCUGCAUCUUUUAUUUUCUGAAGCUUACCCAGAUGUCGCAAGAUUACAUCGAACAAUUAGUAGUUACAGUUUUAAAGUAUUUCGCGAGGCAGUUCAGACGAAAUCCUACCUCGGAUGUGAGUCAAAAUACUCACGAGGAUGAUACUCAAAAGGAGGGAUCGUCACCACAAACUGAAGAGGGCGCUGAGAUUGAAAAUAAAGUGGAAAAUUUGGUUGCUAUGGACAAUUCGUCUAGUGAAGAAAGUAAAGUGGAGUCAGAUCAAACUGACGAAAAAAGUAUUGAAAAUCGUAAUCAAAUGGAAGAAUCCAGAGUCGUAAAUUGUGACGACAUAUUCUUUCACUUUAGUAUUUUCAUGAUGUGGUGCAUUAUGGCUGGUCUUAGUGUGCCAUCAGUAUUAACCUGGGCGCAUAACUUUAAGUACAGUACCAUGUUGCAGCCGGAUCCUUCAUUUGUGCCUGGUUUGUUGUUAUCAAUUUGUGCCCUACCUUUAUGGCAUAUGGAUCUACCAAAAACAGAGAUAUGUGGUUACUCGUAUCUGGGACAGAUACUUACACUGUUAGUGGGUGUUACUCUAAUAUAUUCUUCAGUAUUUUUACAUCGGUUAAAUUAUAUUAUCACAUCUGUGAUCGUUUUGGUAACUUGUCAUCAAAUGCUCGCCUCCAAGUAUGAAUUUAGUGACGAUAGUGAUAUAAAUGACAGUACUACAACAGGACCAGAAACCGAAACUAGUAGCAGUGAUGUUAAAGCAAAACUGGAAUGAAACUAAUGCUUUGAUUUUUAAUAUUAUGACAUAUGCAAAACUAACAAAAGCAAAUUCCAAUCACGAAAAUAUGUUUGCCAUUGAUUUUUGAGAGAGUUGUGUAUUAUAUAUUUUUGUGAUAUUUUCCGUUUGCGUGGAAAUGCUUUAGGUUUUAAAUGUUACUAAAGUUCAACUUGUUAUUUAACGUUAUAGUAUAGAUGAACACUUUUGCAUGUUCUGUGAUAUUUUUGUGUAAAUAAAGGAUUUCCUGUGUUUGUAAACUUA